CCCCGCCCCGCUGCCAGUGCCAGGCAUGGCGGCCAUGAGCCUGCUGCUGCGGGCCGCGGCUGCCUGCGCGGCUCGGCGGGCGGCGGGCGCCGCGGCCACUGCGCGCCUUCCCGGGCUGGCCGGGGCCGUCCGGCUCCCCGGCACCGUCGCUCCUGUGCGACACAGCAGCGGCCACGGGAAGAGAAUGUUUAUUAUCAAGGCAACAAGUUUUUAUGAUACUCGAUUUCUUAACUUGUUGAGAUUCUAUGUAUUUCUGACGGGAAUACCAGUGGCACUAUUCAUAACGUAUGUCAACAUCUUCAUUGGUGAAGCUGAACUUGCAGAGAUUCCUGAAGGUUAUAUUCCGGAGUACUGGGAAUACUACAAGCACCCUAUAAGUCGCUGGAUAGCUCGUUACCUCCUUGACUCCCCUGAAAAGAACUACGAGAAAGAGAUGGCUAUGCUUGAUGUUGAAGCCAAGAAAACUGAAAUGAGGCUGUUGGAACUGGAGGCUCGAAGACUCAUGAGACACAGGGGAGAUGGACCUUGGUAUCAUUAUGAAACACCUGAUAAAAAUCUUGUUGACAAUUCUGCGAAAUCCACACCUGACAAUUAAACAAUUUCAAGAUAAUAUGCAUUGUCUUAAAUGCAUACCAACAAAUGGUGAAUGAGCUAUGUAAUAUAUACAUCCUGCUGUGUACUGAUGGAAAUGAAUAAAAAUAAACAAUGUUUGUGUUGAUUCUGAUAA